CGGACAUUCGGCACAGGCACUCCAUUUGCGUCUGGUUUUCCUGCCCUCAAACAAAACGCUUCCAACGCUCCUUCUUUACCCAAAUUCCUCUUUGAACCUAUUCCUUCACAGCCAAGGUUUGUCUGUCACUGCAUCGUCUCGGUACAGCAUUUGCAAUUCCAACCAAAAGACCCGUCGACCAUUCCAUUUUCAGCUCCUCGCCGUUCCCAAGGAGCUCCAUAUAUCCCUCCCCUAUACCGUACGAUGACCUCUGACCAAAUGCCGUCCGAGCCCACUACUGGCGACGCCGAGCUUCAAGGAACCACUGCGUCUGAGACUGGAAAAGCGUCCGUGGAAAGCGACAGUACCAAGCGGCCAACGUCGGCAGGCGCCAUCGCUAGCAGCAGCAAGUUUGACUAUGUUUUCGACGAUGCUGAGAACUCAGACGAGGCCGAGGGGUUUGAACACGAUGACAUACCUUCUGUUGCCGAUGCAUUGGGGAUGAUUGACGAGGCGGAGGGUCUCUUCAAGCAGAAGAACUAUGAGGGUGCCGCGGAGUUGUCAAGCACUGCUGUGGCUACUUUGUCAGCCACGUAUGGAGACGGCGCUCCAGAAUGCGCUGCGGCUCUACAGCUGUAUGGCAUGGCACUCUAUCACGUCGCUGCGGAACGAGGCUCAAUCUUCGCCGGGAAGGAGGAGCCAACUGUGCUGGAUCCAGAAGCUGCCGAGGCGGCUGCCGCAGCUCUGGCCGAGAUGAUGAAGAAAGGCGCCAGCCGAUUCGUGUUCCAGGGCGAUGGGGACGAUGAAGUUCUCACAUCGGAAGAGACGCCAAAGGGAAACGCCACCAAUAGUGCGAGUGGCAGCUCAAGCAAAGCAGGUCCAUCUGCAAGUACCGAUGUCGGAGCCGAUGAUGCCGACAACAUUGACGACCUGGAACUGGCCUACGAAAUUCUCACAGUUGCUGCAACUGCCUACCUGGCAUCUCCUUCUGACGACAACAUGCCGAAGCUGGCUGAGGUGUAUUUGUACCUGGGCCACUACCACCUGGAAAACGACCGUCCGGAAGAAGCGAGCGCUGAGUAUGCCAAGUGUUUGGACCUCAAGCUGCACCAUCUCAACUCCAGCCCUACCCGCACUCGCGAAAUCGCCGCAGCUCGAUACUUCUACAGCAUCACACUUGAAGCAACAGGAAAGUACGAUAGCGCGCGAGAACAAGUCCAGUUAUCCAUCGAAGCCGUACAAGAACGAUUGGACGCUUUGAAACAGACGAUGACCAACGGAGGCGUGCAGGCGGCGGGAAGCGAUAAAGGCAAGGACAAGGCAUCGUCCUCUGCGCAUCUAUCAGAAGUAUCACCGGCAGAGGAGAUUCAGGAACUCUCGGAAUUGAAGCUGGAUCUCGAAGCGAAAUCGGAGGAGCUUGCCAACAAAAAAGCUCAGCUUGCCGAGGCAUCCGCCAUCCUCCGCUCAAAUUUGGAAGGCGAAUCGUCGUCGUCAGCCCCCAAGGCGGAUGGAGCAUCUACUCGCCCUGCAUCGUCGGGUCCUGUGACAGAUAUCAGCAGCCUCGUCAAGAAGAGGAAAGCUAGUCCCGCAAGCACGCAAGAUGCUGAUGUAUCCAAGAAAUUGAAGACAGAAGAAACAACCGGCGAGAAAUAGGAGAGGCCUAUGGUUAAUGACAUAGCAGAGUCGCUUCCGGCAGAACUAGCAUCGUUAUUGUUUUAAGUAUGUAGGACGAACUACCGCAACGAAGCUGGGUGAGGGGUGUUUCAACCAGUAGCGUCCGCGUUCGUACACUUCGAAAGCGCUUGGUACUGGCACCGUAAAUAUUAUCCCGGCUACUCUUUACUAUUUUGGACGGUAAAAAGUCACGGUAUUACCAUCCG